AUGGAUGAUUCUGCUAAAUUGGAUGAAACCUAUGAUACGUUUUUGAAAAUUUUCUCCAACAAACUUACACAGCCUUGUCCAAGAGUAGAAUCCACUAAAACAAGCGAUGAACCACCUCUUUACUUUCCUCAAUCAGGAGAUGAUCUACCAGCGCAACCUAAAGAACAAAUGGACCCAAUUGGUCCAUGGGCAACCGGUCGUGUGACAUUUACUCCUCAAGAUGGUUUAACAGGAAUCAGACCAGUUGUUGAUCGAUAUUCUAUAACUUCCUUCGGAGCACCUCAAUGGAGAUCUCAUAAUCAGAAAUUUUUUAUGCAAUCAAAUGAAAAGAUUCAAGAAGCUCAACUUGCAGUAGGCAGUGCAAAACGAUGCGUUGAACGAUCAUAUAUGGAAACAGAUAGAACGCAACUGGAAUCAACGGAUCAUUUAAAAAAACGAGCAGGCGAGGUGUAUCGUUGGAAAAUCGAACUAGAACAUUUAAUACUUGAUAUUACAAAAGAAAUAGAAUUAUUGGAAACUGAAUAUCGACGAGUAAAGCAUUCUUUAUCGGUCCUUACAGUCCCAGAAGCUAUUGCUGGAGAAUUUUUACAGUUGCGAUCGAAACGACUAGAGUCCGACCUCAUCCGAGAUGAAGUUGAAGAGGAACUUACUAAAGAGAUUGCACUUUGCUCAGAAAUACGCGAUUUAUUUGGUAGAACACGGGAACAAAUAGAGAUGCAGAUAACAGAAUUAAAAGCCGCAAAAGUAAGGAUGGAGGUAGACUGGACUGAUAAAACUGAUGCUUAUGCUAUUGAUUCCGAAUGUAUAAAAUUAAAAAAUGAUUCUUCCACCAUAGUAUGGAAACUUGGAGCUACAAGAUUUCCUGCAGAACAAUCAACGCCUUCGAGUUACGAACAUUAUACACGGGAAAGUUUGACCGAUGCGGAGGCAGCCAAGCAAAGAUCUAUGAAUUUAAGAUCCACUUUAAAUUCUAUAUAUAAGAAUUCUAUUAAAGAUCUUCGAGAUCAAGCGACUCGCGUGGACCUCGUUUUAGGUCAAAAAAUUAAACUUACAGAGGAUAUUCACUUACAAUUAGAGAAAGAAUUACUUCGGUGUUUACAUGAACUUGCAAAUACCGAAAAAUCUAUACAAGAACUUCGGCAUUCGACGAGGGGGUUAGAUUGCGCAAUGAAAGUAGCACAAACACGAUUAGCGAAUAGAUUACAACGACGUAAUGUAGAAAGUUGUCGUGAUAUUCCCCAAUUUGCUUUGGUAGAAGAAGUGAAAUUACUUAAUGAACGCACAUCGGCCGUGUUGGCAGAAUUAAAACGAGCUGAAGAAACUCAGGCUGGGCUGGUAAAAGCAAGAGGCGAUCUCGAACGAGAAAUAGUUGUAAAACGUAAAACACUCUAUAUAGAUAAACAGCGUGGACAAUUAUUACGUUCAUUCUAUCCUUCGACUAUUUAAAUAUAAACCAAACUUAAUCCUUGAAAAUUUUAAGAGGUCAUACUUAACAGAAACACAUCAAACACGAAUAAUUCUAUAAAUAUAUUUUGGAAGUGUACGAC